AUGGUGCUGUUAAGUCUGAAGAUCUUGUCUUCAAAUACAUCAUAAUCAGUUUUGAAUCAACAAAUACAUGAUAACCCACAGCAGCAAAAUUCCAUUUCGUCUCCUAUGCCACUAAAAACACCACUAUCACCCCGUAUCAGCAUCAUGACCAGUAGACACAACAACAGCAGCAGACUCCCUUCUCCAGUCCUCAACAGCAAUAGCAACAUUAAAGUUUUCCACUAUUCCAUGAGCAGGGUUUUAGGUCGUACAUCUGUCCAAUUUUGAGUUUGAGGUCGUUGACCGAUUUCGCUGGGAAAGCUACUACUCUACUACAUUGCCUAGUUACGGCAAUCAAUCUAAGGGGUGAUAUUUUUUGGUUAGGGUACCUUGUCCCUGAUCUUAGGUUCGUAUGUGAUUAUAAGAAAACUAGCUAAGACAUAAGCUUGACACGUAACUGCUGAAAUGGGAUUUUGAUAAAAUUCCCGAAAAGAAAGGUCUUCCAUUCAAAGUUGUAAGGAAACUUCAGGAAAAAAAAAGAAGAGAUGAACAACUAUCUUCCUCUGGUAUCUCUGUUGUCAUCUGAACAAACAAAAACAGACAUCAUAUACAGAAAACCAACAGAUAAUAAUGAAAAGAAGGAGAAAUGAAAACAUAAAAACACAGGGCGGAGGAGGAGGAAGAGUUUAGAGAGGGAAGAAGAAAGGGCUAUUUUACAACACCUUUCUCCCCCUCAAAAAAUUUCUAUAUUCUCUCCACAACCCCUCCUCUUCCUUAUCAUAAUCAUCCUAAAAACUUGAUCCUCUCUGUAUCUUUAAUCUUUCAAAAAUGUCGAAGAUUUUGAGUAGCAAGGGAUGCCUUGGCGAUGAUCCCUUGUCUUUGGUUCAUGUGGGUACAGAGAUUUUCUGUUUUCUUGUCUUCUCUCAUCUUUUCAACCUCAUUCUCAAACCCUUUGGACAAGGCGGUCCUGUUGCCCAAAUUCUGGCAGGAGUGGUUCUAGGUCCAACAGCUCUCAGUCAAAUUCGUAUUUUUAAAACCAGCAUUUUUGGUGAAACUUCAACACAAAUCUACAACCAGACUUUGGCUUCCUGUAUACGAGUAAUGUACAUGUUUCUUUUCGGGCUUGAGAUGGAUGUAUCUUAUCUAGUACGCAAUUUCAAGCUUGGCGCGUCACUAGCAUACAGUAGUCUACCAAUGUGCAUAAUAUUAGCAGUCUGUUUCGGCUUGGUGUUAAGCCAUCAAACAAGUAUGGAGGGUAAUCCGUUCAGAUUUAUGUGCUUCCUCGCGUUGUUGUUCGCUAACACCUCUUCUCCAACAGUAAUCAAAGUGGCAAGUGAACUUAAGAUUGAGACAUCAGAAGUUGGCAGGUUGGCCAUCAUUUCAGCCUUAAUCAAUGAGAUAUCAACCUUGCUACUACUAGCGGUGUUAACCACCUGGGGUGGGGGUGCUUUGGGGUUUGGUGGAGUGGUUAACGGAAUUUUCUUAUGUUCAUUGUUCGUCGUUGGGGGAGUUAUUCUAAAUAUUUUACUAGCUAGGUAUCUCAACCAGAGAAAUCCACAUCGCAAGCAUCUCAGGAACAUUGAGGUUGUAUCAGUUUUGUUGCUCAUGUCAGUCAUUUCGUUAUAUACGGAGUUGAAGGGUUACAACAGCACCAUUGCUUGUUUUAUCUUCGGUCUGAUGUUCCCUAGAGAAGGGAAAACAUAUAGGACAUUGGUACACAAAAUGAGCUACCCUGUGGAGAACUUUAUACUGCCAAUCUUCUUUGCCAACUUGGGGUUUCAAGUAAAUCUGCCGGAUAUUGACCUGAAAGGUUACCUCAUAAUCAUUCUCGUCGUCUUCGUUAGCAUCAGUUGCAAGUUUGGUGGUGCUUUUGUGAAUACUUAUUUCUUAAAUAUUACCCCCAAAGACAGCAUUUUCCUUUCCCUCUUGUCAAACGUCAAAGGUCAUGCUGAUCUCUUGAUCAUAAGUGCAGCAGCUACUAGGCAUAAAUGGAGCAUCAAAGACUACAAUACCUUCAUAGUCACGGUGGCUGUUAACACAAUCAUAGUGGGUCCGUUUCUGGCAUUCAUGGUGAGAAAAGAAGGAAAAUUUAUGGCUUUUAAGCACGUUGGCUUGGAAUCUCAAAAGCCAGAGACUGAAAUACGAACCCUUGCCUGUGUACAUGGACCACGCCAUGUGCCAACACUGGUUGGUAUUAUCGCUGCAGCAGCGGGAACUCGUAAAUCUCCUUUCACCGCUUAUGUGAUGCAUCUAGUAGAACUCACUGAAAAGAACUCAGAUUUAUUGUACAACCAACACGAAAACGGAUUACUCAGCGAUGAUGAGGAUUACGGUGGGAAUGACGAAUUAGAGAUCAAUGAUGCCAUUGAUGCUUUUGUGGCGGAUACACGUGUGCCGGUUCACCAAGUGAAAAUAGUGGCACCCACUACUACCAUGCAUGACGAGUUGUGCAGCAGUGCAAAGGACUUAAGAGUGUCAAUUGUAAUGCUCCCAUUUCAUAAGCAUCAACGCGUAGAUGGAAAGAUGCAGACAAGCAAGGAGGGAAUCAGAAUCACUAACCAGAAGGUCCUUCGCGCUGCUCCUUGCUCGGUAGGCAUCCUUGUGGACAGGGGAUUUUCUCCAAUUCAAGUAUCUGAAUCAGAGAGCAAGCUUCAAGUAGCUACUUUGUUUUUUGGUGGUCCUGAUGACCGCGAGGCAUUAGCUUAUAGCAGCUUGUUGGCCAGGCAUCCUGACGUGAAAUUGACGGUAUUUAAGUUUCUACCUUCAACGAGGAAAGAACUACAAGCCAGAAUUAACAUGGAAUCAAAUGAAGAGGAUGAGGUUCUAAUGGAGAUAAUGACUCAUGUGACUGAGAAGGAUGCGGACAAAGCCUUCCUAGCUAAUUUCUAUAACAGGUAUGUGACAUCCAAGGAUGUGAACUAUGUGGAAAAAUAUGUUGAAAAUGGUUCUGAAACAAUGGCGGUUUUGAGCGCCAUGAAAGACAAUUAUUCACUUUUUGUAGUUGGUAAAGGUGGUCGAGGACUCUCACCUCUAACGACGGGAAUGAGCGACUGGGAAGAGUGUCCGGAGCUCGGAGUUGUUGGAGAUGUCUUAGCCUCUUCAGAUAUGGUCAUGAGUGCCUCAGUAUUGGUUAUCCAACAACACAAGCCUCCUAAGAACGAAUACAUCGACAAUCAUCUACCGUAGUAGCUCUUUGGUUGGACUCGCUACGGGUAUUAGUUCCAUUUUUAUGGAUAUCCUUUUCCACCUCUCCCCCUUCAUAUCCACUGCUCACACAUGUCGUAUCAUUCGGAUUCCGCGAGGAGAGAGGCCCUGGGGUGUCAGAAUAUGGUGCAGAAACCACUUACACUUGAAAAGAAACUUGGUGUUAAGAUUUGAACUUCCAUGGAUCAGUAAAAGAAUCAGGUACUCGGGGAAGAAAUGAAGACUAAACGAUCAUUAUGAUGUUAGGGAGAAAGAACGUUUGAAAUGGAGAUGCAUGGAGAUGAUUUUAGUUGUCCGGAACUGUUCAUAUAUGAUUAUGUACUAUAUAGAGUUUUCAGGUAAUUGUAGGUAGAGUUAAUCUUGCAGAUCGCAUUGUAGUUUUGUACAAGGCAAAUUUCAUAUUGUCAUUAGGGGUGAAUACACUACCAAAUUCUUCUAUGCUGCACAAACUUCCAUUUAGGAGGAGAAAGGACUUCAAUUUUGCAGUGA